CCCCGGCGGGGCGCGGGCGGCUCUGCCCGCCCCGGGCGCGGAGGGGGAGCGGAGCCUCGUCCCGGCCGCGCUGCGCCCUCAGCGGGCCCGCUCCGCUCCCGCUCCAUGGAAGCGGCCAACGGGGCCGUGCCCGAGGGCGCGGCGGAGCAGCCCCGCGGCCCCGCGGCCGCCCCGUCGGGCAGGAAGGAGGUGAAGGUGGUGAUCGUGGGCGACGGAGGCUGCGGGAAGACGUCGCUGCUGAUGGUGUACGCCAAGGGCUCCUUCCCCGAGCAAUACGCGCCCUCUGUUUUUGAGAAGUACACAACGAGUGUGACGGUGGGGAAGAAGGAGGUCACCCUGAACCUGUACGACACCGCAGGGCAGGAGGACUACGAUCGGCUCCGGCCACUUUCUUACCAGAACACCAAUGUCGUUUUAAUUUGUUACGAUGUCAUGAACCCCACUAGCUAUGAUAAUGUAGCAGCCAAGUGGUAUCCUGAAGUGAAUCACUUCUGCCGGGGUGUCCCGCUCGUGCUGAUCGGCUGCAAGACCGACCUUCGGAAGGACAAGGAGCAGCUGCGCAAGCUCAGGGCUGCCAGGCAGGAGCCCAUCACCUACAACCAGGGUGAGGCGGCUUGCAGGGAGAUUAAUGCACAAAUUUACCUGGAAUGCUCAGCAAAAUGUCGUGAGAACAUAGAAAAUGUUUUUAAAGAAGCCACAACCAUUGCACUGAGUGCCAUGAAGAAAGCCAAGGGCCACAGGAAACGGAAAGUAUGCUCUGUGUUAUGAUCUGGACUGCACGAGAGCCAAGUGAUUCAGAUUUUAUAAAAGUUUCACUUUAAAAACAUUUUUUUAACAUGUUUGUAUUCCAAGGAUAAUUUUUAUUUUAAUUAUUUUUAGUAUUUUUGCACUUUUGUUACACUGUUCUCACGGAGUUUUCAAAGCUGUUUGUCACAGUUAACUCAUGCUGUGUGCCUUCACCCAUCUGGCUUUUGCUUCUGAGUGUGAGCAACUCACUAUUUAAACUGCAAUGAACAGCAACUGCUACUAUGUAAUUUAGUGUCGGGGUUUUUCUUCCUCUGCAAAAUAAUUGUGUCAUGUUAGAGCUACAAUUUACUGCCUUUUUCCAGUAGAAAACUCACAUCUUUCAGGAGCAAUGUUAAAGCAGCUCUUCAGGCAGAAGAAGAGACAGAAGAAGUUUUGUCGUAACAUUUUCAAGUUAAUUUGCUUGGUGGCAAUGGCAGGAGGGGGCCUCAAGCUGCCCCCUGAGUGCAGAUGGAACAUCCACCACCUCCUGGAGCAGCUCUGCAGACCUGCACCUCAGAGUUCUUCAAGGCCUGCUGCUGGAAUGGAAAGUGGCAUUUAUCAGUGGAAAUACAUCAGUUGCUCCAAUUAAAUAACGGAGUAUCGUGGGAAACAGUUAAUUUACAGCACUCAAAUUUAAAAGUACUCCAAGCAGCUACUACGUGUUCUGUUAAGUCAGUCUUAUGAUAAACAUUUACAGCCUAUUUAAUACAAGACAGAUGCAAAUCAUGGUGCACACUGGAGGAAAAAUUCAUUCACUUGUGAAAUCAUCUCUGCUGGUAUAAAUUAAAAUCUUCCUUUUUGUGA